CAUGCGCCAUGCCCUGACAGCGCUGUUCCGGGGUCGACGCUUGUCUGGUCUCUCACGGCAAACAGAGCCGUGCUAACUAAGCUUAGCCCAGCUGGCGACGGAGAACUCUCCAGUGUGGCGGAUUCUUUACCAACUCAGGGGGAGAAGAUGAAUUUCCUACGCGGAGUGAUGGGAGGCCAGUCGGCGGGGCCGCAGCCCUCGGGAGCGGAGACGAUUCAGAAGCUAUGUGACCGAGUUGCUUCCUCUACUUUACUUGAAGACCGCAGGGAUGCUGUACGGGCCCUGAAAUCCUUAUCUAAGAAAUAUCGAAUUGAAGUUGGCACUCAAGCUAUGAGUUACCUGUUGCAGAUAUUACAGACAGACAGAUCAGACUCUGAGAUCAUUGGCUAUGCGUUGGACACUCUGUAUAACAUAAUCUCAAACGACGGUGAAGAGGAGGAACAAGAUGAAUCUGAAGAGGAGAGUUCACAGAAACAGCCUGAUGAUUUGGGCAACCAGUUUACAGAGAUAUUCAUCAAAAACCAAGACAAUGUGACCCUUUUGUUGUCCCUGUUAGAGGAGUUUGACUUUCACGUCCGUUGGCCCGGAGUGAAACUUCUUACAGCCAUGCUGAAGAACCAGUGCCCCCAGGUCCAGAGUAUAAUUCUUGAAAGCCCACAGGGAGUGUCUCGCCUGAUGGAUCUUUUGGCAGAUUCAAGAGAGGUCAUUAGGAAUGAUGGUUUGCUGUUGUUGCAACAGCUGACAAAAGGCAAUGCAGCCAUCCAGAAAAUUGUAGCCUUUGAAAAUGCCUUUGAGAGGCUGCUGGACAUUAUUACAGAAGAAGGCAACAGCGAUGGAGGCAUAGUGGUUGAAGAUUGUCUACUUUUAAUACUGAAUUUGCUGAAAAACAACAGCUCCAAUCAGAAUUUUUUCAAAGAAGGCUCUUAUAUUCAGCGUAUGAAGCCAUGGUUUGAGGUGGGAGAUGAUAAUUCAGGGUGGUCUGCACAGAAAGUGACCAAUCUCCAUUUGAUGCUUCAGCUGGUCCGAGUAAUGGUCUCUCCAGUCAAUCCCCCUGGUGCCACCAGCAGCUGCCAAAAGUUUAUGUACCACUGUGGUCUCCUGCAGCAGUUGUGCACAAUCCUCAUGGCUACUGGAGUCCCCGCAGACAUUCUUACCGAGACGAUAAACACUGUGUCAGAGGUCAUUCGAGGAUCACAACUAAACCAGGACUACUUUGCCUCAGUAAAUGCACCUUCAAAUCCUCCAAGACCUGCGAUUGUGGUUUUACUGAUGUCUAUGGUGAAUGAACGACAGCCAUUUGUUCUUCGCUGUGCUGUCCUCUACUGUUUCCAGUGCUUCCUGUAUAAGAACCAAAAGGGUCAGGGGGAGAUUGUUUCAACUCUGCUGCCAUCAACCAUAGAUGCCAACUCAAUAUCUGCAGGCCAGCUGCUUUGCGGUGGUCUUUUUUCCAACGACUCGCUCUCCAACUGGUGUGCAGCUGUGGCGCUGGCACACGCACUGCAAGAUAACUUGACACAGAAAGAGCAGCUCCUGAGGGUACAGCUGGCAACAAGUCUUGGCAACCCACCGGUAUCGCUGCUGCAGCAGUGCACCAACAUCUUGUCACAGGGCGAUAAGAUCACCCGGAAGGGCAGCAAAAUCCAGACAAGGGUGGGCUUGCUUAUGCUGCUGUGCACCUGGAUGACUAACUGCCCCAUCGCCGUCACCCACUUUCUGCACAAUCAGCCCAACGUCCCUUUCCUCACAGGCCAGAUUGCAGAAAAUCUGGGUGAAGAUGAGCAGUUGGUCCAGGGCUUAUGUGCUCUUCUGUUGGGAAUCUGUAUCUUCUACAACGACAACUCACUGGAAAAUUAUACCAAAGAAAAACUUAAACAGCUAAUUGAGAAAAGAAUCGGCAAGGAGAUCUUUAUUGAGAAAUUGGGAUUCAUCAAUAAGCAUGAACUGUACUCUCGAGCAGCCCAGAAACCACAGCCCAUAUUUUCUAGCCCAGAGCAAAUGCUGUUUGAUCACGAGUUUACGAAAUUGGUGAAGGAACUAGAAGUGGUGAUAACGAAAGCAGUGCACAAGUCCAGUGAAGAAGAGAAGAAGGAAGAAGAAGUAAAAAAGACUUUGGAGCAACAUGACAGUAUUGUGACUCGGUACAAGGAGCUUAUUCGGGAACAAGAUUCUCAGAUAAAUGAGCUGAAGAAGCAGGUCACCUCCUUGAGGGGAGACAACGAACAGUUUCAGUCUACACUGGCCCAGCAGCUCUCUCAGAUACAGCAACACAAAGACCAAUACAACGUCCUGAAGCUGAAGCUGGGGAAAGAAAACCAGCAACAGCACAUCUCCAGUGACGGAGCGCAAAUCAAUGGCAUUCAGUCUGAAGAGGUUAGCCGGCUGCACGAGGAGAUGAGUGAACUCCGGAAACAACAUGAAGUGCUGCAAGCAAAAUUAGCGGAAAAAGAGUCUCUCAUUGAAACAAUGAAACUGGAAGGAACUCAACCCACAGGCAACACUGCUGAGAAUGUGGAACCUAAUUCUGACCAGCAUAAGGUGCUGGAGACUUUAAAAGCUCAGGUACAAUCGCAGAUGUCACAGAUACACCAGCUUCAAAUGGAACGUGAGGAGCUGCUGAAGAAAACAGAAUCUUCCGUAGCAGCAGUAGGAAGUGCAGAAGAUGCAACAGCAUCUCGAAUUGCAGAGCUAGAGAAAAGACUGUCAUCCAUGCAAGGCGAGACUGAAAAGUUAAAGAAUGAAGUACAGAGCUUAUCAAAUGCAAAAGCAGAACUGGAGCAGCAGCUAAAUACAGCAAACUCCAGUGCUGCCAUUCUACAGAAUGAAAAAAGUAAACUUCAGAAAGAAGUGGCGGAAUCUAAAAAGGAGCAGGAUGACCUCUUGAUGCUUCUUGCUGACCAAGACCAGAAAAUCUCCUCAUUGAAGAACAAGUUAAAGGAUUUAGGAGAACCGAUUGAAGAUGAAGAUGAUCUAGAUUCUAAAGAUCAAGAUGAUGAUGAUGAUGAAGGUGAUGAUGAUGAGGAGGAGGAUGAAGACGAAGAUGAUGAAGAGGAUGAAGAUGACUCCUAAUUUUGUACUCUAGCAAAGCAGAUUGCACAGACACAAGGAGAAGAAACAAACCCGUGCUGGACCUGAACGGUGUGUGGCGGCGCGUAGACCAGAAGAGGACCGACUGGCCUUGGACUUAAAAACUGCCAAGCUGUUGUGGGACGCGUCAAGCAGCUUCCUUCAGCUUGGUUUCCAAUACACUAUUUUGUUUUAGAAUAUAUUUUAAUAACAGAAUUUGACUAUUUGUUUAAUGGAACGAUAACUCUCUCCAUUACAAGGAGGACAGCUUUUCAUAAUGUUCUAAAUAUGUCAGUUCUUCAUGUAAAAUAUUUGUUUAGAUUUAUUUUUAAAGAUUUUUUUUUUAAUUUCUCACUCACCUCCAUUAUUUUUUUGCUUAGCAAAGCAGGUGUCCUCUUUUAGCAUGUUGCCAUCUAUUAAAAUAUAUUUACAUGCAACACUGAAGAAAGGCAAAUUUCCAAGUGUAGUUUGUAAAAAGAUGAGUUCUGUCACAUUGCUGCAUUAAGACAAAAAUAAAAGUCCUGUGCUUUUUUUGUUUUUAUCUGUAGCUGUAAUGAGCUUCUGGAAGUGAAAGUCUAAAGGACAGCUGCCGCCAGUCAUUGAGAGACAAAUAUAAAUGAAGGUGCCUUCUCCAUUUUUAAGCUGUAUAUCUCGAAACCAGGAAAUGAACCAGUCUUACCAAAUUCUGAAAUUAACACUGUAAAAUGGCUCGCCUUGCUGGAAUUCUACGAAAGAAGAUUUCAGUAUUUUUUUGCUAGUUGUUGUAAUGGCUCAGCUGUAUCACUGAGCGUAAAAGUUUGAUUAUAUAAUUUAUGGCUUGUAUGCCAAGAGGAAUAAAUGAUGAAACACUUGUAUCUAGACAAA